CUACCCUUGAAAAAUAUAAUCGCUUGACUUAUGUUUUAAGGAUAACUUUAAAUGGGCUAAACAGUUUUGUCAUUUUUCUCAAAAAUAUUAGCCGUUACUAUUCUGGUUUUACUUAUCUACCAGGACUGGCUGCCUAGGAGAAGCGUCUCUGUUGCAGGUGGCUGUUGCAAAGUUGUAAAUGGAAACCGCUUAAGUGCAUCAAGUAUAAAAUCGAUUCUUUUCACUCUGUUAAUAUUUGAACAAUUAAUUGGACCUCCAGCACAAUUCUUAGACAACGGAUUUAUUUCACUUACAGCGUGAGAAUGACAACUAGGAAUCAAAGUGGAGACAGCUACGCUAAGGCGAGGAGACCUACACAUCCUAAUAUUACUGGCAGUCAUCUCUCUGUGAAAUCCAGUUAUUCACUGCUGAAAGAGGAGAACCAGAAUAGUGCUCCCCAGGCCUUAUAUCGAAGCAGAAGAUCUUCAAGUGUUGGACCAGAUGCUGAGAGACUUCGUGGAGAGAACAUAAAGUUGAAGAAUGAGCUGGAAGAUCUAAGGAGUCAGUACCAACAGCUUUUAGAAGAAGGGAAGAGUGAGCUGUUUGAAGAAAGACGUGUCAAUAUUCUAAAGGCACAAGUCAUGCAGCUGGAGAGACAGGUAGUGUUGCUGACAGAAGGACUGUCUUCACGGGCUGUUCACAUCCUUGAAGUAGAAAGUGCUCUGGAUUCUUUAACUGAGCGACUACGGACUUUGCUUGGACAUGAAAAUCACUCUCCAGAAGUUCCAAUAACACGAACAGAACUUAUACAAAUGAUUGAAAUGUGCUGCUCUUUGAGAAUUCGUUUACAAAGGCACAGUCAGGCAUCAGAAAGUGAAAAACUUGCUUUGCCUUGGUUGAUGUCAGGAAGAAAGUUGACGAAACACCCUUUGACCCUACUAGAUCUUUGCUGUGGGAAGAAGGACAACUUAAACCUGCAAUAUAUAAGUGUCCUGGAAUCAAAACUCAGCACAUUGUUUAGACACCUGCAUGCUGUAAGGCAAACGCUGAGCUUCAUUCUUGUUCCAGAACAAGAUUCUACUGAACAAAGUCAUCACAUAAUACCCCCUGUUGUCUAUGCUAGAUUGUCGAACCACAUUGCUAAAUGCAACAGGUUACUGGAAGAAUGCUGCCACGACCUGCUCAUACUCACACUGGUAGUACCAUCUGCUCCCUGGGAAAAACUGGAACAUACAGUCAGCCAGGAAUUCACAGUGGAAGACGUGCUUUCUGCAUUACCAGCAUUUCCCAAGGGUGCCCCACAGCAACGGGCAAAAAGAGCUACAGAAGCCCUGGUUAAAGCAGCUAAUUACUCCAGGCUAAUGGCAAUUCAGCAGGUUGAUGCUCUACAAGCUGAACUUGAUUUUCACAGAAGCAUGUAUAAUCUUCUUAUUAAAUAUGCAGAAGCCCUUUUCCAAGGGAUCAGGCAGGCUUACCUUGCCUUUCAGAAGAAUGUGGCAGAGGUACUCUGUUCACCACUUCAAGGAGUGCUCACGGCUUACACAACCCUGAAAACAACAGCUUCAGAGGCUGCCCUGAGAGAUUUCCUUACUGCAUUCAAAACAAGUGCUCAGCAAAUUCAGGAUGCAGUUGAUGCCCUUGCCCCCAGCAAGCAUCAGAAUGAAGGUGAUGAGGCCCUCUCAAGGUUUGCAAAGGAGUUCUUUCAGUCACUAGAGCGUUCACUUCGAGAUUGUGGGGAGCAGCGAGAUAGAGCAGCCUCAGAGGUGACAGCAUUAAAAGCAGAGGUUGAUGAAGCUUUGGAAAGCCUCCAGAAUUUGAAGAGGGAAAAAAGAGAAAAGACAGCAGAAUCCCGACGCCAUUCUGUGAAAUUUGAAAAAGAAACUAUGGAAAGAGAGGAGGGUGGCAUUGGUGAACAAGGGAAAGAUAUAUUGAAAGAAAAGCCUGGCGGUGGUAAACGUAUGCCCACAAAGACAGGUUAUAGAAAGCAAUCCCUUGUGUCUCGAGCUGUUCCUACAGAUGAAGCAAUUAGUUCUUCUCACAGCAUACCCUUGCUUCAACGUGACUCUGAGAAAUCAGACAAUCACAGAAGAGGGAAGGGCCUCCAAAGAAGUAAAAGUAUGAAAGCUCCUGCAAGACCCCCUUGGGAAGACUAAAUUAUCUAGCUGAGCACAGACUGGGCAGUUGUCUUGUCCAAAGCUCAUGAACUGAUACAAUGGAAGUGGAGAGGAAACGGGAGGGAGACGGAGAGAGAGAAAGCCAAGGUUAAAAGUUCAGUUAAAUGGCUCUCUAACUAGAACGCCCAUCAAUGCUUCCUGCGGAAAUAAAAAGCACUCGUCUUUUCUGAUGGAGUCCUACAGAUUGUAUGCCUAUUUUUAUAUGUCCCAGUUUUUUAUAUAUUGAUUUUCUAUGUUUCAGAAUUUACAUUUAAUUGAAAGAACCCUUUCUUUUUUUCUUUUCCUUCUAGAUUGUGCUUUUUUUCUUGGCCAGUAAACAUUUAAAUAAUGUAUUUUGUGUUAUUGUAAGCAAUGUAGUUUUAUCUGCUGACUGCUAAGUGUUUAAAAUAAUGUAUUUGAAUAUUUUUUUAACAAAACAUUGCCUCAUAAGGUUAAAAUGCUUAUUAAAGCAAAACACAUUCAGUAUUUUUGAAACAUUUUUGACUACGAAAAUAUUUUGAGAUUAUUCCAAAUAAU